ACUGGCCAAGGCAGACCUGUUACACUUGCCUGAGUUAGGCAUUGUUUGCCAUGCCACUAAACCUGCCGCCAAGUGAAACCUUCAUGGGGGAAAUGAGAUCGAAGUCUGGCCUGCUGAAGAUGGACGCCCUGUCUCUGUUUUUAUUUUAUUUUGCUUUCUUUCCUUUGUUUCUUUUAUUUUUAUUUUUAUUUUAUUUUGUCCCUUUUUUUAUUUUGUUCUGUUAAAUCUCUUUCCCUUGUACUUGUGAACUGGUACUUCAGUGGUACUUCAAUGGUGUUUUGUAAAGGGUUCAGAGUGUUUCAUUUUGAAAUUGACUUGAAGCUGCUUAUGAAUGGUGGAUGGUAUACACAGAAUUUAGAAUAUGAUUAAUUUUUAUUAUGUGAAUUACAGAUAAAUUUGAUUUGGAAUACAUUUAAGCAUCUAAAUUCAACAGAUGAGCACAUUAUGUCAGAAGACAGAAACAGUGAAAAAUAUAUUAGUUUUAAUAUAUUGGUUAAGACAUUCUUUCAUAUGUUAUGCUGUAUGAGUUUAUCUUGGAAAAGGGCAGUUGAAACUCUUACUUCUGGAGAAACUGGCUUUACAAAGUAAAGUCAUGAUUAUUUCUCUCCUGUUUUUCCUCCUCUCAGCAGAGUAGUUUUGGUUUAGGUUGCAUGGUCUGUUUAAAAGAAGGCUUACUAUUUAUGUCUAAUACAAAGAGUUUAAAAGAAUUAUUUCUGAAAUUGAACAUUCAUGAAUAUUGAAUGUCAUGAAAUACUUGUUUGCUUCUGAUGAAACCUUGCUCCAGUGAAGUCAGUGGCAGUAAGAUUUCAUCCUUUUGUUUUUGUAAUUUUCAGGAAGAUCUGUUUACCACUCAUAAGUACAAAUGCUGCCUGAAGUUUUGGUUGGACUGUGUUACGUGAGGCAUAUUGUCUUUUAACGCUGUUAUUUGUGGGAACACUGAAUCAGUUCUCUGUGUGUGUGUAUGUAUGUGUGUGUAUAUUGCACUUUGACAUGCUCCAGUGGUGGUUAUUUCAAGAGGAGUUUUUUUAAAAAAAAAAAAAAAGAAAAAAAAAAAAAAGUGUCUUCUCAGUCAUCUCACAGUCUCAGAAGCCCUGGCAGUUGAUGCUGGAUUGAUUGAGAAGGUUCUCCUCCUUAAAUGAUGUUCUUCCUUCUUGUGAAACGGAAGUCCUGAAACAGAAGUGAUGGACCAGGUGGUCUGCCUAGUCCUUCAGGCAUUGCUCUUCCCAGCCAGCUGUGCUGGGAUCAAUUGGUUUCACUUUGGUAAUGAACCAGGCUGUGCACUGCAGCUGGGAAGAGCUUUGUUUUGUGAUCUCUGUUGGAUUUAGCUGUAGCAGUUGAGGUAAUUGCCAGUAGGUGUAAUCUUUUUAAUCUCUGCUCCUAAAUCCAAUAAGAAUCAUGAAUUGGAUUGCUUGAAAAUUAUUUUAUUUGUAAGUGUGCAUUUUCCAUUGAUUUAAAAUAGCAGGAAAAUAACAAUUCCUUCAAUUAUGUUUAGAGUAGAUGUAAACUGUUAAGUAUUUUUAAAACCAGCAAACUUGCUUAUUGCAGAAGCAGUUUGCAGGGGCAGGGAGAGGAUUAACCAUGUAGUUUUAGUACAAAGAGUAGGAAAUUAAUUUCUUCUGAGCACUUGCAGGGCAGAUAAAAAUACUGUAAUUACUCCUUGCUUAAUGCACGUACUUCUGUUCAGCAAAUGCAUUCUGGUAUGGCCUAGGUUGACUAGGGCUCUUAAGUACUUUGAUGAUACAGAAAAGUAACAAUCAUAACUGCUAUUUAGGACAACUGUACAUUUCAUAAGUAACAUAAAAUGUCUCUAGGCAAUGCAGAGCUCAUCUGCAUCUGCUUCCAGAUUCUUUUGCAAAGUGAAGAAUCAAUAAAUGAUCAUUGAAUCUGUAGUUUACUAAGCACAAGAGCUUCUAAGAAAUCUUUCUAAGGAUGUGGUAUAGAUGUGGCAUAUUUAUUUUGUCUGUUUCCCUCUUUAGAAAACAAAUAUCUUUACCUCAUUUCCAUUCAGCAUUUAAAUGCCAUGCGUUUAAAAGCUGAAACAGUUAUUCUUAAACUAAAGUGCCUUAAUUUGUUGUGAUAUACCCACAUGCUUUGUUUUAUCUUUGUGGGCAUGUAUUCCUUUUAUAAAUAAAUUCAUGGAGAUAAAACUCCGAAACUUAAAAGCCUGUAACUCAUGAGAUCAUGUGGCCUCACAUAUUAAUUUCUUUUUCAAAUCUAUAUAAAGAACAGCAAAGUAAAUUUGCAAGAUACUUCAGGUUUUCUUUCUUUUCCCCACAACAGUUUGUUUUCUAUAGAACUGUUAAAAAGUUUGACCUGGUCUUAAAAACUGGAGAAUGGUCUUUUCAAAAGACAGUGUCUUUGAAUAUACAGGCAAAUUUUCAGGGUUUUGUCUUUAGAGAUAGACCCUUUCUCGUUCUUGAAUGAAAUAAAUGGACCAUUGUUUGUGGCAUGGAACUGACCAACUAGAUUUUGUAUUUAAAAUAAAACAUUACAUUGCUGAAGGACCAAAGUGUUCUGGAAAUAAUACUGCUAAACUUUACAAUUUAGAUACAAAUGUUAUUCAUUCUUUGAACUGCUAUAACAGUGCACUGAACCGAAAGUGUUCAGUGGAUUCCUUGAGUGACAUUUGAGCAAAUGAAUAAUUCCAAUUAUUUCAGUAAGAGGACCCAUAUACUUAAAGUUUAGGCUUGUAUUUAAGUACCUUUCUGAACUUGACUCAUUGUCUGUUUAGUUAUGUGCCUAACUCAGUUCCUAUUUAAAAGAGCUGAGUGCCUAAACAUCUCUUAAGUUUAUCUGGUUAAGUGUAUAUUGAAUUGGCUUUAUGUAAGCGCAUACUUAAAUUAGGCAUAUACUUAUGUACAUUAGUGACUGAGGAUCUAAAUUAGAAUGCAGACACACCACUUCAGGAGCAGUUUCUGCCAUUGGAUUUUCUUGAGCCAUGUCUGUUGAUCCUGUAGAAACUUGCAUGAGUAUCUAGUUACUUGCAAGAUGCUAGCAGUUCAGGAUAAGGUCCGGUUCAUUAGUCAUUUGAAAACACUUAAGUAUUUUGAUUUUCAGAAGAACUGGUACAUAAUUCUAUGCCUAAUUUGCAUGCACAGCUGCUGGGACUGUAUAUUCAAAAGCCUAUUAGUUAGCUACAUAUUAGGCAGGAUAUGCAGCAAAGUACCUGUUACUCAUGAGCAGUCAGGCAAAUCAGGUACACCUCUCAUUGCAUGCCUGACUUCAAAAUGAGAUCUGUAGAGUGCUGAUCAUUGUGAUGAUGACUCAGAUUCAUGCAUGUUUUUUAAAAAGCCCUGGAAGUCGUUAUUGCACAGUUAAUUCUUAAGCGCUAAUUAUUUUCCUAUUUUUCUCCUUUAGAUAGCAAAAUCAAGUGGUUUGUUACAUGUUAAGGAGCAAGGUGCCUCAAAAUUUAACAUAAAUUAAAUAAAUGUAAAUAGGAAGCAUGAGGAAAAAAAUGGGUACUGUUAUUUUAUCUUUUUUAUUCCACCCAUGCUACAUAUAAAUUAAGUUUCAUUUAGAUUUGUUUUGUCCUUUGGUCAUAUCCAACUGUAACCCAGUCCUUGCUGCAGAUCUGUAGAACAGGUUUGCAACACUUCUUUCUUAUUUUUAUUUUUUUUUGAAGUAGUAUGUUUCCUGUUGGGUCUAUUGAAACUUGUAUAGCUAAAUCUGCACAGUGUUUUUAAAAAUUACCUCAUAUUUUCCUUUUUGAUAAGAAUAUUUAUAUAUUAAUUUUUAAAUCCUGAAAUUAGGGGGUUUAUAGUUGAAAGAUGCAGUUUGAACCAAAGGAGUAAAAGACACUGGCAGAAUAUUUGUAUAUCCCUUGACUUUAAAACAAUGUUUAAAUAAAAGCAUUUACUUUACUGAAGUGCAUGAGGUAAUACAAAAGGGCUCAGUUGGAUAGCAUAUAUACAGUUAUACCAGUAAUUUUGAAUAGAUCAUAGACACCUGGUAUAAUUAGAACUUCCUUUUGUAGUUUUUCAGUUUAGUGUUUCAUGUUUGUACCAGUUUAAAUUCUUCAGUUGUAAUCGUAAUCAUUUAACUAUUAAAUCUUUUGAUUUUUGGAGAUUUUGGGGGGUUCGUUUAGCAGUCUAAUUGUGACUAACAUUGAACGAAACCUGCAUUUAAUUCAGAUUAGAUAUUACUUAAACUUUUAGCAUGACAGGGAAUAUAUUUGAAAGAGUAGGAAAUACAUAUUUUGGGAAGACAGAGCUUGCUUAGCUGAUCAGUUACAAUUUUCUUCAAUCCCAGUAAAUAUAAAGCUAAUUUAUCAAAGUUUCAGAUAAACUGAGGGGACCUAGAAUGUGAGACAGUACAAAACUAAAUUUUUUCUGCCCUCCCUCCUUCACCUCCAACUUCACUUACUUGUAAUAUGUAUUUUGUGGAGUCACAGUAGUUCAAUAGUUUUUAUUUUGUUUUUAUUCAUUUUUACAUCCAAAGUAGGUAGCACCAGAGGAAUAAAAAAAAAAGCACAAAUUUUAGUUAGCACAUACUUUGUUUUUUCUUUCUUUUUUUUUUUCUUUUACUGAUUUGGUUAUUUGCCAUUUCUGGGGAUUAAACUUUAAAAAAUGUUCUUCUUUUCUGUAUCUGAUGUUCUGUGUGCUAUUAGUGAUGCAGCCAACACGAACGGUUGUCAUGUGUAAAACAACUUUCGAUCACCGCGAAAACACCGCCCUGGGAAAGCGUCCAUGCUUGAUAUCGUUUGGUUCAUGAACAUUAAGUUUCCAGUACAGGUAAAAUCCCAGAUGAAGCCAAAGCCCUUUCUCUGUUGGCGCCUGCUCCUACUAUGACAAGCCUGAUGCCUGGUGCAGGGUUGCUUCCUAUACCUACACCAACCCCUUUGACUACACUCGGCGUUUCACUUGGCACUUUGGGGGCUAUACCAGCAGCAGCAUUGGACCCUAACAUUACGGCACUGGGAGAAAUACCACAACCACCAAUUAUGGGGAAUGUGGAUCCAUCCAAAAUCGAUGAAAUCAGGAGAACAGUCUAUGUUGGAAACCUGAAUUCCCAGACUACAACAGCAGAUCAGCUACUUGAAUUCUUUAAGCAAGUUGGAGAAGUGAAAUUUGUGCGAAUGGCAGGUGAUGAGACGCAACCAACACGAUUUGCUUUUGUGGAAUUUGCAGACCAAAAUUCUGUACCUCGAGCUCUUGCCUUCAAUGGAGUUAUGUUUGGAGACAGGCCACUGAAAAUAAAUCACUCCAAUAAUGCGAUAGUGAAGCCUCCUGAAAUGACACCACAAGCUGCUGCCAAGGAGCUGGAGGAGGUGAUGAAGAGAGUAAGGGAAGCACAGUCUUUCAUAUCUGCUGCUAUUGAGCCAGAGUCUGGAAAGAGCAGUGAAAGAAAAGGCGGUCGAUCUCGUUCCCAUUCUCGUUCAGAAUCCAGGUCCAGCUCAAAAUCCCGAUCUAGAAGGAAAAGAUCACACUCAAAACACAGAAGUAGAUCUGGCAACAGAUCACUCUCAAGACACAAGGACAGACGCAGAUCCAGAAGUCCCCUGAAAAAACGGUCCAGGUCUAGGGAAAGGCGGAAAUCAAGAAGUCGCUCUCGUUCUCGGGACAAGAAAAGAGACAAAGAAAAGGUCAAGGAAAAAGAAAAGGCUAAAGAAAAGGAGAAAGAGAGAGACCGAGACAAGGAGAAGGAGAGAGACCGAGACAAAGACAAGGAAAGAGAGCGAGAUAAAGAGAGGAACAAGGAGAAGGAAAAGGACAGGGAGAGAGAUAAAGAGCGAAACAAAGACCGAGAGAGAGUCAAAGACAGGGAUAGGGACAGGGACAAGGAUAAGGACAAAGAUAGGGACAGGGAAAAGGAGAAAGAUAAGGAGAAGGAAAAAGACAGGGAAGAGGUAGAUCAGAACAAGGAAAAAGAAGAUAUUGAGAAAGAAGGAGAGAAGGAAAGAGAGAAGAUUAAGGACAAGGAGGGAGAAAAGGACAGAGGAGGGGAGAAAGAGAAGGACAGAGACAAAGAAAAGGAAAAAGAUGGGGAUAAGGAGAAGGAACGAGAAAGAGAAAAAGAGAGAGAUGAUAAAAAGAAGAAAGAGAAGCGAUCCAGAACACCCCCAAGAAGCUAUAGCUCUUCAAGAAGAUCUCGUAGCUCCAGCAGGGAAAGGCGUAAAAGGAAGAGUAGAAGUCCCUCCAAGUCUCCUAAAACAUCAAAAGCAAUGAAAAGAAAGUCUUCACGAUCUCCUUCUCCAAGAAGAAACAAGAAAGAAAAAAAAAGAGAGAGAGAUACAAAUAAUGAAAGAAGAGAAAGAGAACACUCCACCUCCAAGAAAAAAAGUAGUAAAGAAAAAGACGGAAAGGAGAAAUCUGACAAAAGCACCACUACUUGGAAGGACAAAGAUCACACUAAAGAGGAUCAGAAUUCAGAAACUGACAAGGAAGUAGACAACAGAGAUACACAAAGGACAGAUGAAGUCAAACUGCAACAGAAUGGGAACUGUCAACCAAAUGAAGAAAACCUGUGAAUUAAAAUGGAAGAUGUUUAAAGCAAAGAAAGGACCUCUGAUUCAACUAAGGAAUGAAAUCCAAAGCUUUUUGUUUCCUAGAAUGAGGAAGAAAAUGUCAAAGCAAUCAACCUGAACGUGUUGAUAGUACUAGUAGCUCUUCCAAUUCUUGUGAUAGCUUUUGUUGUGUUCUUGCUGUAAAGCAAGAGAGCACGGACCAGUAAUAUCAUGAAAAGGCUGACGCCAUCAGAACUGUUUAUCUCUGAAAAUCCAUGCAUUUCCAUGAUGGCUGUACUUAUUUGUAAAAUGAUUUAUGUUACGAUUUGCCAUAAGCUGUUACAAAUAAGUAGAAACUGAAAGACGUAAACCUGUACUACCCCAAAAAAGCUGAAAAUAAGCAUUCAAGAUUGUUUAAAAUACUGCUUGUUGAUGAAUUUUGUGUUGUUUUACCUUGUGGGUAAAAAAUCCACAAAAACUUCAAUGUGUACUGUUUGAUGUGCUUGAAAAUGGUGCAUAAAUAUACACACUUUCUUUUGUUGUAAAUGAUAACUCUAGGGAAAGGAUUUUUAAGCAUAAACAUAGUUUUACAAUUCUUAUGUUAAAUACCCACUGACUAGUAUGUUUUUCAUUUGCUCACUGCUUGAGAUUCUUGAGGUUUGUUAUUUAAAAGAAUCUCUCACUAAUAGCCCUAAAAUUAAUAUUUUUUUAAAAGUAUUGGAACAAUGCAUGCUACUUUUCUGUUCCUAAAAAGAACAUUACCAUGUUAUAGAUCAUAGGUUAGUUUAGUGGGUUAUUUUGCGGUUGUUUUGUUUAGUUGUUUUCUUUUGUCCUUCCAGAAGUGAGCACGUCUGUAUGAUACUAUCAGAACUUAUAGCUUUGUUUUAUGCCGUACUGCAGUGUGUCUGUUCAGCUACAAGUAGUACAGAUGCCAUUAUGAAAAUAAAUUUUUCUUACUUGUUUAAAAUACAUGGGAGCACAAGCAGAAGCUUUAGUGCCUUCUUAAAAUGUGGUAUUUUCUAGAAAUAUAUAUGUGCUAUUACUCAUUUUCAGCUAAAUCUUACAUGAUCUCUACUGCUAUUCUGCCACCACCAUACUGUAGACAAGAAUGGAAGUGAUUUGUCAGGACGGUUGUUUGAUUCACUUGUUAAAAUACUAAAGCUGUGUUUCACUUUUAUUUUAUUUUUAGAAGAGAUUUAUAGAUGAAAGCAAAGAUGCAAUUUGGGGACCACCACUGUACAAAAGUAGUAGCUGAAUACAAAGCAUUUUCUGAUCACCUGCAUCCAAGACAGCCCUUUAGACGUUUAAUCUAUGUGUGGAUGGCCUUAAUUGUUACCACUCCAUCAUCUUCUCUGAUACCUGUUGGGUGAUAUAAAAGGAAUUGUGUGCAAAGAAUGGGGGAUAAAAAAUUUGGAGAAAAAGGUUCUAAUUUACACAGGAGUUACAUGGUAGAGAUUCUUCUUUCAUUUUCUGGGGGAGAAAGCAUGUAAGAAGAGAAUGACAAAGCAAAUACUUUUGUCAAGGUAAAACGUGGUUUGUGUUCUCUGAGCUAAUUUAUUUAGUUGGUUAUGUGAGAUUUCUUAAGAGUCAUACCUUUAAUACUUAUACCUAAAAUCAAGUAUAUUAUUUUUAAUAUGACUUAAUACAAUCAAAUUACUUACUUGCCUUACCUCAUGGGAAGAGUUACUUCUUUCAGUUAAAAAAAAAACCCCUUCAUAUCAUAUUAGCUAUUUGCUUUCAGUUUGUUUUUCUUUUCCUUUGCAUAGUUAAUUCUUAAAAAAAAAAAGCAUAUUACAGGGAAUGAAAAUUUUGCCCAAUUCCUGAGGUAAUGACACCCAGUUUGAUUGUGAAGCUGCUUAAUCAGUCUUCAUUUUCGAUAGGAUUUCAUGUUCUUGCCACUCUGUACAUUUAAGACUAUAGAAAAUGCUUUACCAUGUAAAGUAUAGACAGUCAUUUUUGUGAUGUUUAAGCCACAUGCUGGUGAACAGCUUAUUCUGAUAAAUGAAUGACAAAUCUGUAUGCUUAGAGGAAGACUGUGAAGGAUUGUGUUUUGCAACAACAGCUGUCUUAUUUAUGAUGUCUAAGUACCAUAGAGCAAAGAGAUUGUUUGUAUACUUGUUAUCUUUGGUACCAUUUCACUAAUAAAAUUAUUUUAGAGGGAAGUACAUACUUACUAAAGGAGUAUUUUUAGUUGAUCUGGUCAUACUCACGCAGCUUCUUUGAUUUGAAAUGGGGAUACCGGUGAAAAUACACGAGUAUUAUUUAUAAUACCUUUGAAAAGAUAAGUUUCUCCUUUGGGAGGAAUUACAAUUCUUGCAGUGUAUCCUAUUUCAGCUGAUACUAGUUUGAUUUCCUGAGUUUUGUUAUCCUGAAGUUGCAUAGCUCUAUUAUAUAUCAGUUACAGAGUAUGUACAGUUUAUGUACAGCUAGCUAAGAAACAGGCCUUUGGAAAUAAAUAGUUAAGGAUGGCAGCCUUACUAGCUAACUUACCACAUGUGUACAGGUCCAUAUGCAGCAUGUUGUUAUAUCGUAUGUGAGUUAAUGGCUCCCUUACAACAAUAUUUUUUUAAAAAAAGGCAAAACUCCCCCCAGAACGACUACCACCAAACACAUGCAUUUCCUCCCCACCUCAAGUCAUAUUUUCUUACAAAUGCUGUAUUUUCUGGUUUUGCUUUGUAAAUACAGUGCAGAUCUGUGAGGUAGUUAAGUUCUGUCUAUUUGUAUUAGGUGUUUUACAGUUCCCUUCUUCCUAAAAAGCCACUACUAGAGAACUGUUAUUCUGCAAAAUGCCUGUCCCUGCAGAGGGUAGUCCAUUUUUAAACCAGUAGUGUGGCACAGUAAUGAACGUCCUGCUUGCUCCAGCAGGACUAUGUGCAUCAUCCAUUAAACGUGUCCAUCUUCCACUGGAAGUGCAUUGCCUGCCUUCGUCAUUAAUGAGUUUGCGUGCUGAGCUGCCGUGUCAGAUUGUUUGGUUUUGCACUUUACAAAUGAGAUUAAAUUGAGUGGAGAUUUUGAGAACAGUGUAGUUCAUGAUAGCUGUAUUGUUCUAAAUGUAAUUUCAUUUGAGCCAGCUUUUAUUUGAAAAUGUUGUUACUCAUAAUUGCUAAGACCAUAUAAAGCACAUACACGCAAGCUUCCAUUAGUGACCAUGGUUAUUUGGCAACAGUGUUCCUGGAUACAGAUAGGAUUUUUCUUUGGAUUUUGAAAGAAGGAGGUAGCAGAAGACAAUUGCAGGUGGAUGAUACAGGAUUCCAAGCUCAAAAUAGGGGUGGCUGUGACUUAGGUACAUUCAUUGAAGUCAAUAGGUUUUCACGGGUGUGCAGGAUGAAAGCCCGUUUGAAAACACUGAUAGUGGUGUGGUACGUAAAGAAAAUUAUUUUUCAUAUUUCAGAAUUAGAAGAGGGGGGAAAAGCACUUCAGUUGGAAAUUAGAAACAUCUGAAGAAUACCUGAGAAAUUGGUGAGAUGUGGGUUCUGCCUACCCAUCAGUCACCUGCUGAUUUUUUUUGUGGCAAGCUCAGAUACAUCUGCGCUGUCUUUACAUUAGCUGGCUAACAGCAGCAACCUAGGCACAGCGUAGAUUCUGAAAUGAGCCAUGGUCACUGGAGUGUGUUUAUUCUGCUGCAAAGAAGGUAUAUUCUGUAGCCUGUAGCAGGCUUUGCAUUGUUUGCUAGUGUUCCGUGGCCCAGUUACAUCUAAGGCAAUACAUGAAAUUACAUUGAAACUCUGCAAAUCUGGUUGUUACAAGGUAGCUUCUCUGUGUUGCUCUUGGCUUGUACUGGUACUUUGUAAUAGUAGUUAGAUUUAGGGAUUUCUGUGAUUUUAUUUUGGUCUAAGGAAGAGGUAACAAGUAAAGGCUGCUUUGGAGGAUACAAAUUCUCGUAUACUUCAUACCUGUCCUUAUUAUUGUCUUAUUUUCUCAUUCACAUGUAUGACCGUUGCAAUCAGCAAUGCCAUAGUGAUGUGUGUAUUUUCUAGGUCUGAAGCGUCUCUGCAUCGCUGUGUUCUUGUUUAUAAUGAAAUAAGGCUAGAGUUCAUGAAUUUUAGUUUUGCUAGCCAUUCACUUAGAGGGGAAAAAAACCAGACAGAAGCAAUCUUGAAUUUUGUAAAUGUUAGUGUGAAAAAUCACAUUAUAAUGGUAAAACAAAUAAUCUUAAAGAUAGGCAUUCUGAACAGUGACUUGCAAACUGGGGCAUAUUAUACAUCCCACCUGCCACUUGGUGGUACUUUCAGUUUUAUAGCAGUCAAUUAUUGCCUUUGGUGUUACCAUAAUUUUAAAAGUGAGAAUUGGACUUGGUGACACAAAUGCUGAGAUCUGCAAAUGGCUAAAAUAAUAUAAAUCUGUAGGCACUUAGUUCAGAGGGAUGUAGUUUUGUCACCAGAGAUUGGAGCGUGGACAGUUGAAAUUUGUAGAUAUUGUUAAGUGUUAUUACCUAAAAAGAAUCUAAAACUUAAUUUUGUGUGCUAAUAUGUAAACGGGAGAAAAGUUUUCAGCCUGUACCUUAGGUUUAUUUUUAUAUGUUGGAAAGUGUAAUUAAAGUAAUAUUGAAAACUAAAAGCACUGUACAAAAGGGAUUUUUUUGGUGUGUGUGUGUGUAAGAGAAAUACACUUUCAGUUGUGUCUAAUUUUAAACUUUAAAAAAUGCUUUUGCAUGCAGUGCUUAUUUUUAUUUCAAAUCCAAGAAUACUUCAUUUGUAGUUAAGUCCUAUUGCUGGAUCUUAGCACAUUAGUUUGUAGGUUUCUUCUGUGUUCUCUUCAAUAUAAAACAGCUUAAUAAACUUGGCUGAUGAUAUGUGGAGCAGCUACAGACCUCCCUGGUUUGAGGAGACAGAGGUCUAACACUUUGACUCCGUAUUGCUUAAGUGAAGUACCGCGGAAGAGAAGCUAUCUAUGAACUUGAGUUGUCACAAUGAGUUUUUUGCUGUGUAUGUAUUUUUUACUGGAAAAAUUCAGCUUUAAUUGUUACAUUUUUUCUGUUAAUUUAGUGCCAAAUUUGACACAAGACUGGAGAUUUUUGGUGUACAAAGUAUGUUCUGUACUGAUCUUGUUAAUGAAAUUAUUCUUCUCUCAUUGAAAAGCUUACAUGUGUCUUUUUUUGACCUGAAAGACUUAUCAGCAAUGAUAAAAGAAUAAUUUCAUCUUCCUUUCGCUCAGUCCCUGAUGUCAUUAAUGAGGGUGCCAGUUAAGUCGCUUGUUUAGAAGAAGCUGUUGCUCUUCUCAAUAAAACCUUCCUUAGUGCGAAGAACUGCUGCACUGAUGAGCAAAUCAUGGGCCACUUAGAAAUUGCUACUUCAUAAAUACGUAAUUUUCAUAAUUUAAUCAAAGGAAUGAGUGGUCUGCUCUGGAAACAUCAGGAGAGUAAUUUGACAUGCACGGUUCAUGCAGUCUAUCAGUAGAUCCUUUCUGGUAUCUUUCCCACUGAUACAGGGGCAUUUCUUACACACGGCAAUUUCUUACACACAGCACCUAUCACAGUCUGGGUUUAGAUAUACCUGGGGAACAUCAGUACCACAGCAGGAAAAAUAUUAUUUACCUUCUCUUUUAAGUUUGAUAUUUCUGUUAAUAAACAUAGGUCUUCUAAGUUUAAUAAACAUCUAACCAAACUUGUUCCAUGUUGGUAGAGUAUAUUUUUGCAUUAAUGAAGCAACUAUGAAAUGGUACAAGAAAUGUCAAAUGCUGUUAUGUUGUUGAUAUUUUUGUAAAUAAACAAUGUCACAAAGUUUUAA